ACAAUCAUGAACUUGCCGUUGUAGAGAGAAGACAAUCUAUAUUUUCUGUUCUUGCAAAAACCCUGCAGAGUUUGUUGAGAGAUAUUUGAUUGAUUAGAGGCUUCAUAAUAUUUAUCUAUUCGAGAAAAGAGUGCACAGGACAUGUGUGCUGAAGGUAGAAACCUGAAAUGGACCCUGAUGCUGCUGAUUCUGGGUGGUAUUUUCUGCAGAACUUAUAGAGUGAGGUAUCGCCGGCAACAUAUCUGUGCAGUGAAAGGAUCAUCUGUUGUGUUUCGUUGCUCAUUUUUCUAUCCGGACGGUGAGAGAGUACAAACUGUCAAGUGGGGUCAUGAGAGGCACAGUAUUUAUGCUGGUCCUUUUAUUUAUGACAGUGAGUUAAAUAAUGCCUCUUCAAGAUUUGAGUACAUCGGUAACAGACAUCACAACUGUUCAUUGAAAAUACAUCAAGUGGAGCAUAAUGAUGCAGGAAAAUACACCUUCAGAUUUACAACUGACUCCAGAGGUGGUAAAUGGACUGGUGGAGGUGGCCCAACACUGAAAAUAAUUGAUUUGAGCAUGGUUGUGUCAAAACCUAAUGGAAAGGAAACAAUGAAGGAAGGCGACUCUGUGAAUCUGACGUGCGUAAACAGCUGUGAUAAACUUUCAUCUGAGUUCACCUGGUUUAAGAAUGGAGAAAACAUAACUGAAGGACCUGUGCUUCAUUUAAGAAACAUGUCCGUGACAAACUCUGGAAACUACACGUGUUCUUUAAAAUCACACACAGGAACAGCUCCACCAGUCAAACAUAUUGAUGUUGAAUAUGGUCCAAAGAAUACAUCAGCAUCUGUCGAACCAUCAGCAAAGGCAGACGCCGGAAGCAAUGUCACCCUGAUCUGCAGCAGCCACGCAAACCCGCCAGUGGAAAAUUACACCUGGUUUAAAAUAUACGAUAACGAUAUUAUAGCUGUGGGACAGCAGCAUGAAUACCGUUUUAACGAGGUCUCUCAGGGUGAUGACGGCCAGUAUUUCUGCAGAGCCACCAACAAACAUGGGAGUCAGAACUCCUCUGUCAUAGCGUUGGAGAUUAAAGUAUUCUGGCCAACACUCACCAGAGAUGUACUUAUGAUUGCUACAUCUGCUGCCACACUUCUCACUGUAGCCACUCUUGUUGCCAUCAGAAGGCUCAGCAAAAAAGGAACAGUGUCACCAGAAGCUGACUGUGAGGUGGACGCACAGAAUUCAGUCUACGUCAACUGGCCUGUGUGUGAUGCGAGUAAAUAUAAUCAGUGUGACGGAGAACUUGUCUAUGCAACUGUGAACUUCAACACCAAGAGGAAGUCAGACGUGGUGGAGCAGAUGGACCCUCUCAAUGAUGAUGGAUGUGUGAUUUACACCACAGUGGGAAGGAACCAGCUCCUGAACCCUUCGUGGACUGAGCCUUAGACAUACACACGAUGCUUUGAGGAUAUCUGUUUAACUGGGUAUAUUUUGUGAUUUUAUUUACUGAAGUUUUACAAAAAUGUUUCUAUCUGUUGCUUAAGAAUUAAAGUGAUGAUGACCAGUAUAAUCAAGAAGGCAAGAAAACAGGACAAAUAAAACACAAAACACGUUUCCCCCCCAAACAUGGACACUUAUCACUCAGAAAAGAACAAAACAAAACAUCACGACAGAUUCUCAAAACCGUGAAACAUUUUUUUUAGACACAUCAACACAACUUGAACAGAAAUCAAUGCACUCUGAGGUGUGAAGCAGAUCAUGUGUAAUCAAGCACACCAUCAGCAUUAACCCCCACACUGUUCUAUUUGCUAGUUCUGUAAAGGUUGGACACAUCUCAUCAUUAAAACCUAAUCUACCAUGCAGGGAAUAAGUCCUUUAAUAGCCAUAAUUUGUAUUGCACUGAUUUUGUUGUUUGCACUUUGAGAAUGUUCCGAGCUUCUUCAGGGUUUGAGUUGUGUCCUUCUGACACAUUCUCACAUGAUGCUCUUCUUUUAGUCUGUGUUUCUGAUUUCACCAAGUCAAGAGUGGGAAGUAAGCUGACAAACACAGAGAGAGAGAAUAUCUCAGCAUCUGUUAUAGAGAAUUUUUUUUUUUUAAACACAAAGUACUGUAUUUUCACCCACUGGAUGUAUAUUUUGCAAGUGCUGUUUUGUGUUGUUGGCACUGUAAAAGUGAAUAUUCUCAGGAGUUUGCAAGGUUCUUAAGAGUAACCUGCUCAUAUUACAGACAAUUGUGGCAGGUUCAGUGGGCUGUAAAAGUUUAAAUUAUGCGAAAGCAAUUAAAUACAGACGUUUAUGUGAGACACAAGCUAUGAUUAUAUCGUACAACUGGAAGCAAUUUUUAAAAAAAAAACAAAACACUGUGUGGCAGAAAGAAACACUUUGUGUAGAGUUUGUCAGAGUAAAACUGCAAAUAGAUUUUAAAUGUGAAAUGAUGUUCCUCUUAUUCUUUCUUCUUAAUGAUGUUUUUACGACAUCUGCGCAGUCGUCCUUCAGGGAUUUAGUGGGUAAAACGCCUGUACGUUUAAUAUGCAAACAUCCAUCAGGACUAUCUGUGUGAGCUAACUACUAUUUGAUGGCAGGUUUUAAUUGCAGAUUAAUGAACCAAAAGAACAUGAUUCUAUUACUUUGUGUCUGACUUUUUAAAAUAAAAUUCCUGGAAAAUCCUUGUGAACGUCUUAAA